AACUCUUCAAUCUAUUAUUAUUAAAUGCGGAAAGACUGUGUUUAGUUUUGUUUGGCAUAGGUAGAUCCCAUAAUUUAGUUUAGGCGCAAAGAAAUAUAAACUAGUUAUAAAGUACCCUCGACAAAGAAUAUCCUCAACAUAAGCCAAAGUACUUCGACACUUUAUUCCAGAAAUGGAAAGAAAGCCAAACAGCACAGAGUGAUACAUCUUCAUUUCUAAAGAUCUUUGUUUUAAAGUAGGAUUGCAGUACAAUUUGUUCUCAACGAUAAGUGCUUGUCCCUUUGCUUCAGCAGAAUCAGAGCAGUCCACCAGCUCUUUUCAAUUUAUAGUGCUUCUACAGCAACUACUUCAUAAGUUGCGAGUCGGCUAGAAAGCAGCUGCCUGGCAGCUAACGGCCUGAAAUCCGCCAGUGAAGUGUCACAUUUGACCUGGCCGCCUCUCGCUAGCCUGACACCUAGCCACCGACGGCUAGCUCAGCCGCUACAGGACACUGGAGAAACGCCCAGUGUAAAUAUUUAGCCUGUCAGUUCAAUAAAACUUUAUCGGCAAACUAAAAAAAAUAAAACUGUCAACGUCUUGUGCCAACCAAGUUUAAACUGUCACAGUGUUUCUCCUAAGUUCUUGACUCCCAUGCGAACUCCGUCCACUCGUUCGUUCCACGAGCCGUUUGGAGGGAGGCAGUGACCGUAAAUGAUACUGCUACGCAACGCCGGCCCACGGUCAACAACAAUGAUACUGUCCGUGACAUCACGCCUACUCGGAAGAGGGAAAAGUUUGCUCCGUGAUCCGUUUAAGAGGAUUUGCAUAGACAUGUCGUCCUCCGCCGCUCCGGGUAAGCGACUGCGGGUCCUGGUCGACAUGGACGGGGUGCUGGCGGACUUCGAGGGGGGCUUCCUGAAGAAGUACCGGAGCAGGUACCCGCACGAGCCCCACAUCAGCCUGGAGGACCGGAGGGGCUUUUGGGUUUCGGCGCAGUACGGACGGCUGAGGAGCGACCUGUGUGAUAAAGCCAUCAGCAUCUGGGAGUCUAAGGGUUUCUUCAUCGACCUGGAGCCUCUGCCUGGAGGAGUGCAGGCCGUCAAAGAGAUGGCCCAGAUGGAUAACACGGACGUCUUUAUUUGCACCAGUCCUAUUAAACAUUACCAGCACUGCCCGUAUGAGAAGUAUGCCUGGGUGGAGAAGCAUCUGGGCUGUGACUUUCUGGAGCAUGUCAUCCUGACCAGAGAUAAGACGCUAAUCAGCGGUGACAUCCUCAUAGAUGACAAGCCUGAUAUUGAAGGCGUGGAGCCCAACCCGGCGUGGGAGCACGUCCUCUUCACGGCCUGCCACAACAAACACCUGUCCGUCCACCCCCCCCGGAGACGCCUCCUCUCCUGGUCAGACGACUGGCGGGCCAUCCUGCAGAGCAAACGGCAAUGAGAGACCCCCGUCAACCCGACCAGCCACAAGAUGGCGCCGCCACGCCACCGGUAAAGCCCGGCCGCCCGCGCCUCCGCUGAUUUCAAACAAGGGGCAGAACGAUUAUCGGCUGGUUCGAGAGGGAAGGACACGAGCGCAUCGGCUCAUUUACGUAAUUUCACUGAAGUCAACUAAAUCUGAGCGGGUUUAUUUUUGAGCCACUCCAGCCGCUCCACCUGAGACAUUUCAAUCCCGGAGGGGCCAAUCAGCAGCUGCGAAAGUGUCAGUGAUUCACAGCACUGCACACAAAAAUAGCUCCUUCUGGUGGCCCUUUUGCAAAGUAAACGGAUAGAAAUGUCCUGUCUGCUCUGGUUUUUAUCCAACUGACAAAAGGCUACUGGUGCUCCCCCGCUCUCCCUUUUUUUUUGUUUUGUUCUGAGUCUAAUCUCUCUUUCUACUCUUCACAAUGAUCUAUGCACCUGGCUUCCACUUCACGGACACAGGACCCAUGGACCCUGGCAUCGAUGAGAAAAAAAAAAAACAUACCUCCACAUGCAUGCUGCCAAAAAUAUCAAAAGUGUGUGAAUUAGCCACUCAAAACGGGUUUCUGCUGUUUUUUUUUAAUGGUUCUAAUCCAGUUCAAUAAAUAUUUUUAUGUUUUUUAAUAGAGACAAAAAGAGUAUUAACAAGUACCUCAUUUCAGUUCUUUUUUUCUAACAGUAGCUUGUUUGCAUACAUAUUUAAAAUGGAGGGGGGAUUCAAAUCUGAGGUAAAAGAGAUCUUGUACAGCUCAAUAAGAAUCUUUUUCUUUUUUUAAGCAUGCGAUUUAUGAGUUGAUGUGCAUCUUCACAGAAAGGAUACGAAAGAUUAGUGUUCUGUCUGUGGAUGUUUAGCAGGUGGUAGCACAGGUCUGAGUAAAUCUGUCAAGCAGAAGAUUUGUUUCCUUUUUUCCACUACAGGUAUCUAAACGCGCGUAAAGGAACUGGACUUUAAUGUAAAAAUGAACUUGUGUUCUUUUUCCAUGGUUGGAAUGUUUUAAUGGUUGUUCCACCAAGAUUAAAACGGUGAGAAAGAAGCAUUUUUCGUUGCCUUUUUGUUGUUUUUUUGUUUUUUUGUCGUAUGCCUCAUCAAAGGACAAAGAAAUAUUAUUUUGAAGUGGUUGGAAACUCUCUCCCUCCCCGCGGGGGACAUCCUGGCAUCAGUACAAAGUUUCACCAAACCCCAUGAACACGUCUCUUUGUCCUUUCCAUCCUCCACUCUGGCCGCUGAUUAUUAUCAGUUAUGAAAACAUUAAAUAACAGUUUUGGUGAAAGCGGUUUUCCAGGGCGCACUUUCCAUUGUGUCGUUUGGCCAG